AUGAGGGAAGAAGAAAAUUAUUUGAUAAGAAGAAGAACUUUACAUUCAUGUGUAUUAACGAAUAGACAAUGGUGUGUGGUGGGAAUAUCUUACCUGUGGAGCGACCCAUUUUUCACAAGAUUACAACCUAAACAGACAAAAAAAUUAUUAGAUGCCUAUAUCACAAACUUCUCUAAAGAAGAUAAACUAAAAUUACAAACAACUAACAUCGACGAUGGUAAUACAUUAUUUGAUUACAUCACAUUUAUGAGAUCAUUGGUUAUUGGUAAUGUUGUGGAAGCUGUUGGCGAUUGGUUAUCAGUGAUGGAAGGAGGAAUUACUAAUCAUCAAAUGAAAGCGACGAUUAAAGAAAAGUCACUGUUUGAUAUAUUGUUAUCUAAUAUUUUGACAUAUUCUUUAAAUCUGAAUCAUAUUAUAUUAAAUUCAGAAAACAAAACCACAACUAAUGUAUUUGAUUUGGUUUCAUCUAAUGUUAACAUUAUGAAUUUAAGAGAACUUACUGGUUUGGGUGAAUACAGAGCAGGAUUAUACUUGAAAGCAUCACAUGUUAUACGAAAUCUUCGUGUCCUACGAUUAUCGUUGAAUCAUUUUGAAUAUCCGUUACACUCAACUACCGUAGACGAUAUCACAAAAUUUAUCCAAUCGCAAGAUCAACUUUUGGAAUUAUCAAUCGAGAAUAAAUUGAUUUGUGAUUGUUGUAGAAACGAUAGUUCAUUUGCUUUAGAUUUAAGCCCCAUUUUUAAUUCUUUACAAAGACAACAACGACAAUUAAGUAUUACUUUAGGCAGUUAUAGUUUACUGACCUAUUUAAAUCUUUACGAUGUGAAUUUCUUUGGCGAAUUUCCUUUAAUCAUUUUUGGAGAAUUACAAAAUUUAAAAGGCUUAGAAAUUGUUAGAUGUUAUAAUUUUGCUAAAGAAAAUGAAGAUGUAGUGGUAGAGCAAAAAGAAAAAAGUUCAUCAUCACCGCCGUUGUCGUCUUCCUCUUCCCAAUUUUAUGGGCAAUUUUUUAAUUCUUUGGAAUCUUUAAUGAUCCACUAUUCAUCAAUACCAAUUGAGACGUUAAAAUAUAUUUUGAAAAAUUCGAAUAAAAAACUAAUAAAGUUAAAAUUAAUUGGCAUAGAAAGUUUAUUAUUACAUAAAAAAAGUUUAUUGGAAUUUUGUGGCAAGCAUAAUAAAAAUCUCGAGUAUUUACUAACAUUUGUAAAUAUAAACGUUGAGUCAACAAAAAUUUCGUCAUUUUUCGAAUCUUGUAAAAAUUUAAAACAUUUCGAAAUCGUAGAUUCGAUUGGUAACGAAUUAGAUUAUAUACGUAGUGUUAAUCAUAUUUUUUACAGCAAUAGAAACACAACAACUAUGACAAGUAUAUCAACAAUUAGAACAACUAGCUCAUCAUCGUUAUCGUCAUUUUCUAAUACCUUCGCUUCAAAUGUUAUAGAUUUAUCGGAUUGUUUAGCAGAAAUUGGAUCAUCGAUACCAAUAAAUCUUCAAGUUUUCAAGUUAAAUAUUAAAUGUACAUUUACAUUGCAAUCGUUCAAACUAUUUUUAGAAAAUAUCAAAAGAAGAGUUGACGAUGAGAAAGAGGGGAGUAAAAAUGUAAAGUUAAAAUAUUUGGGAUUUCCUUUAUUUAGAAACUUCACAAUGGAUUAUUUAAUGGCUUUAAUGGAAAAUAUCGAGUAUCAAUUGAGAUGGUUGGAUAUUUAUAGUUCUAGCAUAGAAGAUGAAUUAGAUAAUGAGAUAAUUUCAAACCUGUCAAAAGUAAUCAAGAAUAUUGAUGGAAAUUGUAUAAAUAUUAGAAGUACUACCACAGUUUCUGCUUCAUCAACAGCACAAAACUCUCCGUCUAAGUUAAAUAAAAGAACAAACACAUGUCCAUAUAAUAAAAGAUCAUUAUUUAAACGUACUUCCGACCCACCACCACAAUGUCCUUGUGCUCUUGCCCAAGCCAUAUUCACUGGUACAUUCGUGGGUAUAGUAGUGUUAUCACAAAAUGAAUGUGGUUCAACAAGAUUCGUUGGUCAAUUCUCUAGUGGGUUUCAACCAGGUCACAAUUACACUUUUAAAGUAUUUGAUAAAUGUGGAAACGAAGUUCAAGAUAUCACUCAGGAUUUGAAUGUUCAAAUUAAUAGUAACGGCGGAUCAGCUCCUUUCAAUGCACAAGUUGACGAUCUUAAUCUUAAUUGUGACAACCAUGGACUCUUAUCAUCAACUUCAGCUUCCCCAUCAUCAAGAAGAAAACGUACUUGUACUGGAAAUACUAAAAGAAUUGGAGAACCAACUUUGGUAGUCGAGGAUGGUAAAGAACAAUAUCCAGCUAACAUCUCUUCAUUAUAA